UAAGAAUGCAAGAAAAGCAGUCCAAAGUAAUGUGAAAUCUAAGGGUCAAACUGGCUUGACCCAGAAGCCACAAGAUAGUAGUAGUGAUGAUGAAAAUCUUGCCAUUGUACAAAAAAAUUUGAUGGUCCAAAAUAAUAAGGCACCUGUUAAAAAAGUAACAGUUUCUACAAAAGCAGUUAAAUUUUUUUAAAAAAAUUGAGGAACCGUCUGUUUCUAAAUUGAACAAGUCUGGAGCGAUUCCUAAAGUCCUUAACAAGAAGCCAGUCCAGAUUUUGAAAAAGGUUGAGAAACAAACUGUUGAAUCGAAUUUGAACAAAACUGGAGCGAUUCCUAAAGCCGCAAACAAGAAGCCAGCUCAGAUUUUUAAAACUGUAGCCCCUACUGUUGCCCCAAGUUUCAACAAUACUGGAGCGAUUCCUAAAGCUCUAAGCAUGAAGCCAGUCCAGAUUUUGAAAAAAUGUUGGGAAACCAGCUGUAGCAUCCAGAUUGAACAACACUGGAGCAAUUCCUAAGGUACUAAAGACAAACAAUACUUCAGGCUCAGUUUUAAAAACAACAAACAUCAGGAUCUGAUUUCACCAAAGACAAACACUUCUUCGUGUUUAAUUGUUACUGAAAGCAUAGAUGACAAGAGCCGCUGUGCUAAACAUAUUGAGCAGUCAAAUUGCAAUGGGCAACCUCAAACACAUUCUUCAGUUUCAGUUCCAAAACAACUGAACAAAUCUAUAAAUCUGAGUCCUUCAAAGAAGAAGACUUCUUCGUGUUCAGUUGUUACUGAACACAUGGAUGAAAAGAGCCGCAGUCCUGAACAUAUUAAGCAGUCAAAGUGCAAUGGGCAAUCUCAACCAUAUUCUCCAUUUUCAGUUACAAAACAACUAAACAAACUUCAAGAAAGUAUUUUGUGGACAGUUAAAUUUUUAAUUUCUCAUUCCCUUUGGUUUGUAUUGCAGUAAUUUAUAUUUUUAUCCCUCUUAGAAUCUAAUUCAUCCUAUCGGGAUCAGUACUCCACCCUCAGUUGAUGCUGAAACAGCCAAAAGGCGACAAGAAAACUGCAAUGUUGAAAGUAGCAGAGAACACUUUAUUUCAUGUGAACCAUUUAAAUUUGCUUUGCCAACCUCUACUCCUAAACGGAAAUCAAAGGUUCUAGAGAAGCAAUAAAGCAAUAAGGAAGAUGUUGAUAUCUUAGACUUAACCAUCAGCACCCAGACAGAGGAAUCGUCCAUCUACUGUAACAUCUCAGAUGUACUGUACGAGUCAGACUGCUCAUUAGAUUUGUCUGUAAAAGGAAAAUCAGAUGUUCCUCAAAAAUGUUCUCUCUUAGGCAUGAAUCAUGACAACAAUAGCUCCUUGCAUAAUGUAAGCGCUAGUUCCAACAACAGCACAGGCCGGACUCUUCGACCCAAGAAGGUCAGUGCAAAGAAUCUCUACACUGUCACCUCUGAUGAGGAUGAGGAUGAAGUUCUUGAAGAAACUGAAGACGAAGUAGAAUGGAAUGUUGAUGAUCCUGCAAUUAUAAAUAAUUGUGAUACAGUAGAAUCUGUCAUCAGUUCAGGUGCUUCUAGUGAGGACGAGCAAGUAAAGGUCACCUUACCCAAAACAGCAUUGCGGUCCAAAUGGUCAAAGAUGCUUGCACCUAAGCGUAACAAAAACAACUUGGCCGAGUCAUCCAAUGAAACAAAUCAUUGGGUUCGUGAAGAAAUUGUUGUCCCUAAUCAGGAACCAGUCACCAUCCCUGCACCAGAUGAAGACUUGAGAGAUCCAUAUGCAUAUUUCCAGUAUUUUUUUGAUGACAGUCUUCUCGAGAGUAUUGUUACUUACUCCAACUCUUAUAGUAUCUGGAAGGAUGGUAGUGAGAGGAAUUUGAAUUUGACCAAGACUGAAUUACAACAGUUUCUUGGAGUGUGGAUGUAUAUGGGAGUAAAUACCUUACCUGGAAUUAGAGAUUUCUGGGCUGCUGACACCUUGGUUAAUCAAGUUGCCAGUAUAAUGUCAUUCAAUCGCUUUCAAAAAAUAAGAAGUCACUUACAUUUUUUUGACAAAUCUCAAGAGGCAUUUCUCCCAGCUGGUGAUAGAUUUGCCAAAGUAGGCCUCAUUCUGGAUCACAUGAAAAAGAAAUGCAAUGAUCUUGAUCAGGAAAAAUACUAUUCAAUUGAUGAGACUAUGGUCCCUUACAAAGGGAAGUUUGCUUGGGCCUUACGCCAGUUUAUCAGAAACAAACCUCACAGGUUUGGAAUAAAAAUUUUCAACUUGGCUGGCACAUCGGGUAUUGUCUAUGACUUUUUACCAUAUGCUGGUUCCGAAACUUUUCGAGGCAUUGAAUUCAGUCCCGAAGAAGAAGCCUUGGGUGUUGGAGCCAAAGUAGUCCUAAGCCUUGCAAGGAGUAUUCAUGAUCCUGCAAACAAGAGUGUCUUCUUUGAUAACUAUUUUGCCAGUGUUAAACUGGUUAGACACCUGAAGGAUAAUAUGCAUUUGUUAUCAACGGGGACAGUGAGGAACAACCGUAUUGAUCAUUGCCCACUGAUUUCUGAUAAAGAAUUAAAAUCAAAAGGCCGAGGGGCCUAUGACUUCAAAAGUUCUGAUGGAGUCCAAGUCACUAAGUGGAUGGACAACAAAAUAGUACACUUAGUAUCUAGUUUAUCGGGAGCUGGACCAGAGGGCACUGCUAAGAGAUAUGAUAAGGCAUCUAAAAGGCGUAUUAAUGUUCCCAUACCACAUGUCAUUCAGCUAUACAACAACAAAAUGGGAGGAGUUGAUCUCAGUGACAUGCUUGUUGAGAUUCUCAGAUCACCCACAAAAGCCCGUAGAUCUCAGUGUAUUUGCGUAUAUGAUGGACCUGGCUGUUGUAAAUUCAUGGCUUUAUUAUAAAAGACACGCUACAAUCCUUGGCAAGAGAAUUGUUUACAAAAACUUGAAAAUGUUUAAGUUAGAGGUGUCAAAGCACCUCAGAUAUUCUGGUUCAGCAAGGUAUGAAACGGGGCCUAAAAUCUCUAAACAAAUCAAGCUGACUAGGUGUCCUAGGCCAAGUAAUAACCUUCGAUAUGAUCGCCAAGAUCACUGGCCCUCCUAUCACUUCCCACAAGGAAGGUGUAAAUACUGCACUGAAGGAAAAACAACCGUUAUUUGUGGGAAAUGCAAUCUGCAUUUGUGCUUUGUCCCCUCCAUGCAAUGUUUCCUUAAGUACCAUUUACCAGAGAUGGAAUGAUCUCAUGACUAGUCGCUACUACCAAAUAUUUCUUCUUUAGGUAGAACUAUCUAGUACUGUAUGUACGUGUACUGCUAAAACCUGUAUUUUUGUUAUCUUCUCAUUGGCAAUUGUUUCGUCAAACUUACUACUAUCUUGCCAAUAUAUAAUUUGAGAAGUGCGUUCUUGUUGAGCAUUUAUUGCUCAAUACAACUAAUCUAUAAUGAUAUAGUCCUGAACGAGAGAUAAUUAUUCAUUUACUUUAACUUUAUUUUAACUCUUAUAUUCACACUUUCUUUUGUUCAAACAUUUUAUUA